AUGACGCACUCAGAGAAGAGGGCCGCUUGGUACAAGGAGGGCGCGUUAGCUCUUGGCACUGGCAUCCUCUAUGGUGCAACGAAUGCAGUGGUGGGCCACCCCAUGGACACCGUCAAGGCCAAAAUGCAGGCCCAGGCCGGCUUCAUCAAGGGCCAGGAUAUGGGCAUGUUGGCGGUCUGCCGGAAGGUCUGGACUACAGAAGGCAUCCGCGGCUUUUUCCGAGGGGUAGUCCCGCCGCUCAUGGGCAGUUCUGUGUACCGAUCUGCACAGUUCGCCGUGUUCGAGGCCGUGUACACACGCGAGAAGGAGCUGGGCUGGGAUGAGUUUCGAAUCCCGGGCACUGGUGGCCUCGCACUUGCAACAGUUUUCGCCGGCUUUUGCGGCUCCUCUGCGCGCGCAGUGAUCGAGUCGCCCAUCGAGUACGCCAAGGUCAAGCGGCAGACUGGCCAGACUUGGCACUUCAAUGAGGUCUACCAGGGCUUCUUUAUGCAGCUGCCCCGAACUGUCGGAAUGAUGACCCUCAUCUUCUGUGGGGUGGACAGCGUUCGGCGCUGGAGUGACGGCGAAGCUUUGAAACGUCCUCACUGGCAAUUUCUGUCCUGGGGUAGCGUCUCGAUGUUGAGCUUUUGGGCGAUUUGGCCCUUGGAGACCUUGAAGAAUCAGGUUCAGGCCGGCACGGUGAUCGAAGGCAUCCCGGCGCCGACGCUUCGGCAGCGGAUCUCACACCUGGGAGGGCCCUUGGGACUCUACCGAGGUAUCCUCCCGGGCUCCAUGAGCGUUUUUCUCCGGAACGGAACUGCUGCUGUCGUGAUGACAUUCGCUCAGCGCAAGCUAACCGAGAGCAGAUGA